GGGUGCGGAGGGCGCCGCGCCUCAUGUCCAGACGGUGCCGUGCGCGCAGCUGCUGGGGACUACGGGGCAUGCGGGACUACGACGAGCUGAUCUCCUUCCUGGGCGAGUGGGGCCCCUUCCAGCGCCUCAUCUUCUUCCUGCUCAGCGCCAGCAUCAUCCCCAAUGGCUUCAACGGCAUGUCCGCCGUCUUCCUGGCCGGCAUCCCCGAGCACCGCUGCCGGGUGCCCCCCAGCGCCAACCUGAGCCGCGAGUGGCUCAACGCCAGCAUCCCCCGCGAGCUGCAGGGCGGCCGGGAGGGGCCCAGCAGGUGCCGCCGCUACCGCCUGGAGUCGCUGGCCAAUUUCUCCGCGCUGGGGCUGCAGCCCGGCCGGGACGUGGACCUGAGUCAGCUGGAGCAGGAGAAGUGCCUGGACGGCUGGGAGUACAGCCGGGAGAUCUACCGCUCCACCAUCGUCACCGAGUGGAAUCUGGUAUGUGAUGAUGACUGGAAAACCCCCCUGACUACCUCCUUGUUUUUUGUGGGGGUGCUUAUGGGAUCCUUUGUAUCAGGACAGCUCUCAGACAGGUUUGGCAGGAAGAGUAUUCUCUUUGCAACCAUGGCAGUACAGACUGGCUUCAGUUUUGUGCAGGUCUUCUCUACCAGCUGGGAGAUGUUCACAGUGCUGUUUCUUAUAGUUGGCAUGGGACAGAUCUCGAACUACGUGGUGGCCUUCAUUCUGGGCACAGAAAUUCUUGGCAAAUCAGUUCGUAUUAUAUUCUCUACAUUAGGAAUUUGCACAUUUUUUGCAAUUGGCUACAUGUUGCUGCCACUAUUUGCUUACUUCAUCAGAGACUGGCGGAUGCUGCUACUGGCUCUCACUGCACCUGGGGUGCUCUGCGUUCCACUGUGGUGGUUCAUUCCUGAAUCUCCCCGGUGGCUGAUCUCCCAGGGAAGAUUUAAAGAGGCAGAGAUCAUCAUCCGAAAGGCUGCAAAAACAAAUGGCAUUGUAGCCCCAGCUAUGCUGUUUGACUCCACAGAGAUGCAGGAUAUGAAGUUUCAGCAGCAGCAGAAGGCAUACAUCUUGGACUUGUUCAGAACCCGAAACAUUGCAGUUAUCACUGUUAUGUCAUUGUUGCUGUGGAUGUUAACAUCAGUUGGUUACUUUGGACUGUCUCUCAACACUCCCAACUUGCAUGGAAAUGCCUACAUCAAUUGCUUCCUCUCAGCCAUUAUAGAAGUUCCAGCUUAUGUGAUUGCUUGGCUGCUCCUCCGAAUCUUACCUCGGCGGUAUUCGAUAUCUGGCACCUUGUUCUUAGGAGGAGGGGUUAUUCUCUUCAUUCAGCUGGUGCCUACAGACCUUCACAUCCUGUCUGUCUUCCUGGUGAUGCUGGGGAAGUUUGGGAUCACAUCCGCAUUCUCAAUGCUUUAUGUCUACACUUCUGAGCUCUACCCAACAAUAGUAAGAAACAUGGCAGUUGGAGCUACUUCCAUGUCUUCCAGGGUGGGCAGCAUCAUCGCUCCUUACUUUGUUUACCUUGGUGCCUAUGACCGAUUCCUGCCUUACAUUCUCAUGGGAAGCCUGACUGUGCUGAUAGGGAUCCUUACCCUGUUUCUCCCAGAAAGCUUUGGAAAUCCUCUCCCUGAGACCUUUGACCAGAUGCUAAGAGUAAAAGGAUUCAGAAACAGACAACACACCAAACACAUAAGGAGUUCAAAGAAGAUUGAAGACUCCAAGACUCAGAUAACACCGCUAUGAUAAGGCUCUGCGUCUCCUGAUGGGCUGGAAAAAGAAGAAGGACUGCUGAAUGCAUUUCCUACCAGAAAAAAAUCCUGGGUCAAAACUACUGGUGCCACAUAGUUCCGAACCUACAAUCUACAGUACUAUUGUACUAAAUAUAGUGCUGUGAAGAUGCCAUCUAUUUCCAUAGGAUUCCCCAUAAUUUAUCCUCAGUGACCUGAUUUUCUGCGGUUUUGAUAAGCUGUAGCUUCUGUUAAGUAGGGAGCUAUGAGCGCUCAGCACCCUUUUGAAAAUCAGGCUAUAAAAGAGCAUUAGGAACAGUCACAGCACUGACUCAGUGGAAUCUUGCACUCAAAAGCUGCUUAAACGUGAAUUGAAAUACCAAAGUAGUUCAAGAUUCUAAUACCGGUAUUUUCAAAUGAGAACUAUUUCAAAGUCUUAAUGCUUAAAUGAAUAUUAAAAAAACCCCAAAACCAAUAUUAGAUGAAGAGUCAAGUGAAGCGCUGCUUACAGUGCAAUACACUUUAUACUUCUGCUGUUAGUUCCGGCACUACAGGCUUUCGAACAAAUACUGUAGUAGAAGAAAACAGUGUUAUAAUGCUUUCUUAACAAAAACGAUAUUUUAGUUGCAUAUGUACUUUGUGGCCAGAUUAAAUCUGUCUAGCCUGCUGGAUUGAUAAUGGCUAAUCAUUAUUCCGAAGGUCACAUUCCCCUACUGUGCAGAGGACCAACAAAAGGAGUAUGCGCCAUUUAAGUCUCAGUCUGAAAGCUUAAGGGGAAUUUGAGUGCUGUAUUUGUCUUGUGCUGGCCCUCGGCACAGGAGUGAAUUUCACCUUAGUAAGUUUAAACAAAGAGAGAAACUUCAUAACUUCUCACCUGUUUAAAUUGUGUAACUGGCAUGCACUGCCCUCUGGGCUUCAUGAAUCUUUUUUGCUUUCACGUUGAAGCCAGUUGUGGCUGAGACACAAGUGCAACACAGCACAUGGUAAUGGCAGAGCAGCAGCCGUUUAUGAAACUGAAUCUAUUGGGCAAAGGUAUUCAAACAGAAAUUCAGUGUAAGUGCAAAAGACUAUUUGUUUCAGGCUGAAAGACUCUGGCUUUGAAAAUCAAACCUUUCUUUUGCAUAAAUGGUUUUGCCAUAUUGAUAGUGUAGCGCAAGGCAGCCAUUGUCCUGGGCCAGGGUUCUGUUCCAUUGCUGCUAUCUCAUCUCUUUUCAAACAGAGUUUUCUUAAUAAGGCAUUUGCAAUAUUUAAAGAUUUGAUAUAGCUGAUUUUUUUUUUUAAUAUAGAGGAAAUUCCCUUUGGUCUAACAUGUAGAAUAACUGUUUAGAUUACUUCAGUUAACAUUCUCAUCCAACCCUUGAUAUUAGCAUGGCAUGGAGCUGUUUACAUGAGAUAUGGGGAUUGGGCUUGGUAUAUCAUGGCCAUAUUUUUAUGAAGAUACUUUCUAUAAAAAAGGCGGUACUUAUUCUCCUUUAUGUGAUCAGAGACUUGGAUAUUUCUGAAACCAAUUGAAAUAUUUUUAUACUCCUGUAACUUCUCAGGAUCCCAGAAAACUUAAUUUUCCAUGUUUUUAAUUAAAAAAAACCAAACAAGUUUGUCUGUGUUUUUGACAGCUUGUCUUUAUCAGUCCAUUUCCUGGGCUUGUAGCACUGCUACAUCUCAUAUAGUUUAAGUGUUAGCAGCCUUAUUUUUAAUGAGAAUGUUUUUGAUGUUAGGGGCUGUACUCAGAAGAUUGUGAAAUUGUUCUAACAAGGACUUUAAAUUGUGUCUAUACCUAGCAAAAAAGGAGUUACUUCACCCGAUGGAGCAUUUGCAAGAAGACAUUCUGUCUUCUAAUAAAUCUCUCCCAGCUUUGAACAGUGAUGCCUGAAGAAAUCCACAGAGUGUGAAUCUAUGGAGGGAUCAAGAGGAGCAAAAACUCCAGUUUCUGGCACUAUUAUUUUAUUUAUUUUUUCUUAAAUUGUAAAGCCUUCCUAAGAGAAUUGCAUAGGCUUAAAAUGCUGCUGUACAAGUUUUAACAAACACUUGGUUUGGCCUAGCACUGCAGUCUUCAUGGUAAGUUGUCUGUCAAAUACAGUCCUAAUUGUAACAUUUUUCAAAUGAGUUAUAAGUUGGGGCUCAAUAUGGGAGCUGUAUAUUUAUGAGCAGUCAGGGUACCACUUGUAAAGCAGUGCUUUGGGGUUGGGGAAGGAGAGGAUUAUUCCCAUUGACUUUGCUGGGAGCUGUGUUAUUCCUCUUGUGCACAGAUAAUCGCAUAUACCCUGCUGUCUCUGUAUAAUCUAUCCUCAGCAAGAUCUGAAGCUGGCUUAUUGGAGCUGCUGAAGUAUGGAUGAAAGUGUGGCAGUUGCCAUUAGCUUGUUUUUCUUUAUAAUAAAAAUGUGCACUGACUUAUUAUAUAACCUACUUUCUCUGUGGACUAUAACUGAAAAGAGUGACGUCUCCUAUGUGUAUUAAAACUUUGUGAAAGGAAGUCUUUCUUUAAGACAUUGACAAAAUUAUGUUUUAGUAACUGGCUAUUAAGGUGUUUUGAAUCUGUUUGAAUAGGCUCAUAAGGUGUGGGGAGUGGAGGGGAAAUGCAAGUGAAAUCUAAUCUGCAAGCAGGUGGGAAAAGUUUUGAUAAAGAUAGAAGUUCGUUUCACAGUCUUCUGCACCAGGUUGGGCUUGGUGGAACGUACUUUAACAAUAGAGCCCCAAGAGAGAGCCCCUGCUGCAGCCAAAGAAGGCUUGUUCUUGGUAUUAAAAGCCUGUGGUAUUUGCAGACUUCUUUAAAAGUUUGCAGAACUCUAGUGACUGAUGUCUGAGACUAGAUCUCCUCAUUAUAAAUUGUUAAAUGCUCUCCAAGUCUUAAAAGGACGCUGUCUAGACCAGGGGUUCUCAACCAUUUUCUUUCUGAGACCCUUCCCCUCACCCCACCCCCCACCCCACACACACACACACGGUGUAAGAGCUCCAUGGCCCACCUGUUCCACAACAACUUUUUCUGCAUUUCCAGUAGAUUAAAACCCAGCGUUGGCAUUAGGGGUCAGCAAGCAGGGCAAUUGCCUGGGGCCCUACACCACAGGGGACCUGCAAAGCUAAGUUGUUCGGGCUUCAGUCCCAGCCCCAGCCCCAGUGAGUCUAACACCGGCCCUACUAUCUGGUUUAUUUUGGCAGACCCUCUAAAAGCUGCUCGCAGCCCCACAGUGGGUCCCAGACCCCUGGUUGAGAACCACUGGUCUAGACAAAGCCCUUUUUGGAAGGAUGACAGGAGAGUGGCUUUACUUUGUCUUAUUCUUCAGACUGCGGUGAGGAGCAGCUUCCUUAUUGCUACUGAUGGAUGCUUAAUCAGAAUUUUAUUAGAGUUUAAGCAGAUAUGUCUGUCAGGGCUCCUUCCUCACUCUGAAUUCUGGGGUACAGAUGUGGGGACCCGCAUGCAAGACCCCCUAAGCUUAUUCUUACCAGUUUAGGUUAAAAACUUUUCCAAGGCACAAAUUCUUUGCCCUUGGAGGGUAUGCUGCCACUACCAAGUGAUUUAGACAAAGAAUCAGGGAAAGGAUCACUUGGAGUUCCUGUUCCCCCAAAAUAUCCCCCCAACCCCCUUUCAUGGGGAGGCUUGAGAAUAAUAUCCUAACCAAUUGGUUACAAAGUGAACACAGACCCAAAUCCCUGGAUCUUUGGACACUGAAAAAAAAAUCAAUUAGUUCUUAAAAGAAGAAUUUUAUUUAAAAAAAAAAAAAGAAAAGAAAGGGUAAAAAUCCCUUCUGUAAAAUCAGGUUGGAAGAUGACUUUACAGGGUAACAAAAGAUGCACAAAACACAGAGGAACCCCGUCUAGCCUUAGCUUCAAAGUUACAACAAAACAGGGAUAAACCUCCCUCCAGCAAAGGGAAAAUUCACAAGUUGAGAAAACAAAGAUAAAAUAAUACGCCUUGCAUGGCUGUGCUUACAAUUUCUGUAAUAUGAGAGACUGGUUCAGAAUGGUUUGGACAACAUGGAUUGAUGUCCGGUCUCUUUUAGUCCCAAGAGCGAAAACAAACACAGAAACAAAGAACCCAAAACAAAGCCUCUUUCCCCCAGCCCCGCCCAGCCCAGCUUUGAAAGUAUCUUUUCUCCCCAUUGGUUCCUUUGGUCAGGUGCCAACCAGGUUAUUUGAGCUUCUUAACCCCUUACAGGUAAGGAGGAGUUUUAAGCUACCCUUAUGGUUAUGACAAUGUCUAACUCACUUGGGGCCCAACAUUUCAACUUUGUAAGACACUUUUACCAAAAAUAACCCCUAACCCCAGGUGUUUUAAUGUUUGAAUUGCAAACAUUGCAGAGGGCAUAUGUUUAAAAAAAUAAACUGUUUUCAUAGAGUAUGUCUAUUGGUCACCUGAAAAUGAAACUGACUAAAGAAAAAUGUUGCAGACUGACUGCACUGACAUUCAUUAUCCAAAGUAAGACGAAUGUAGGAACCAAACAAACAACAUAAAUAGUGGAAAGUAAAUUAGAUUUUUUUAAAAAUUAGAAGAGUUUUAAAAUCCAGAAUGGUAAAAUAGAAGGAAAUAUAUUUAAAAUAUAACGUAAGCGGACAGUAACCCUAUAUGUGUAUGACAUUCCUUGAAAAUGGGGGAUGUUCCCCAGCUUAUUAUUAGACAGGUUGAGAAGUCAUUUAACAUUUAGUUAGCAUGGAAUAAGUGGCGGGGGGGGAGUACUAUGGUAAGCUCUUCCCGAAUAGAGAACUAUCAAGGUAGGGCAGUCUUUUGGCCUAAUAACCUUAAAAGAACACUAUCAGUGUAACUGAUUCUUAAGGCCCCAAUCCUGCCAGCUAAUUGGUGUAGGUGCACUCCUGCGUUAACACAGCGCCCCUUGGAAGUCAAUGGGGCUCUGCCUGGGUGCAAAGCCUCUGCCUACAUGGAUCUAUUUGUAGGGUCAGGUGCAUCCUUUCAUGAAAUUUUAAAAUAAACAUUCUGAAAUACUAAUUUUCCAUGUCCAUUUAAUUUCCUUUAUGGUGGUUAAGUGUAAAUAGAUGUUCCCCAAGUUGAGAAUGUUCUAAAGGGAAAGUUUAAUAUUCAGUGUAAUAUUUUUCAUGUUUUCAUUUUCUUUUUGGGGAUGGGGAAGGAGGGUUCUUCUAAUUAUUAGUUGCCUAUGGUGCUUGAUGAGACACAUGUAAGUUGUAUCUAAUGUUUGUGGAACUAUAGUCUGUUUAUAUGUGGUGGGGUUUUUUGGGUCUUCUCAUGAUUUGUAUCUGUCAUAAAGUCUGGAAAAUAAAAUCUUAUUGGCAACAAGCA